GACAAGUGUAGCCAAAUGCAGUCAGUUUUUGAGUAACUGGUCGAUUACCCGAAAAUAUGUGAUUACUCUGUAGAUAUUAUUGUAAAAUGUAUAUAUAUAAAUGCCAUGUUGAGGGGAGGUAUUGACGUUGCGUUGACCUAGCGCUGACGUGGCGUUGACGUUGCGUUGACCUGGCGUUGACCUUGUGGCGUACGAGUGCCCGAGGCUGACCCAUCUGACCUGCGGCUGCUCGAAGGCAAUCUACGACCCCUACAGGCUUAGCGCUUCCCCAUGUCUGAACUGUACUGAGAAGACUUGAAGACCUAACGGGGAAAAUCAGCUCAAACACGCCCACCCACGCCCACGCCCACUCCCACGCCCACACUGGCAUGACCCACGAGGCGGAAGGGAAACAGGAGACCCCGGCGAUGCAGGUAGCGGUGGUGGUAGUGGGAAGAAGUAGUGGUAGUUGUGGUAGUAAUGGACUGGUAGCUACCAUCUUGCUACUGGCUACUCUCCUGGCUGCUCUCAACACCGGAGAGUGUGGCAAGGUGAACAACCUACAGAUCCUGGAUGAGAUGCUGGAAGAUUAUGAUAGAAGAGCGACACCAACCAAUUAUUUAAAUAACGCAACAACAGUCAACUGUGAACUGUACAUAAGAAGCUUUGGCUCUAUUGAUCCAAACUCUAUGGACUAUGCAGUCGACCUGUACCUGAGUCAGUCGUGGGUAGACGAGCGACUCAACCACGCAGACAUCUCCCAACCACUGGACCUGAACGACCCUAACCUGGUGAAGGGUAUCUGGAAACCGGAGGUGUACUUCCCGAACGCCAAGCAUGCUGAGUUCCAGUUUGUUACUGUUCCUAACGUCCUGGUCAGGAUCAACCCCAUGGGAGAGAUUCUCUACAUGCUCAGGUUGAAGCUGGUGUUUGCCUGCAUGAUGGAGCUCUCUAAGUUUCCUCUCGACUCCCAGAUCUGCACGAUGGAGAUUGCAAGUUUUUCCAAGACCAUGAAGGAACUGAAUCUCUCCUGGAAAAGCGACACUCCCAUUAAAAUGUACAAGAAUAUGAGGAUGCCACAGUUCGAGAUGGAGAAGAUAGUCCCUACCACCUGUCAGGAGUCCUUUCAGAUAGGUAACUACAGCUGCCUCGUAGCAGAAUUCCACAUGCGUCGGGCUAUUGGAUUCCACCUGGUACAAAGUUACCUGCCAACCAUCCUCAUUGUGGUCAUCUCCUGGGUGUCCUUCUGGAUGGACGUUGACUCAGUACCUGGGAGAACCACCCUGGGAGUUACUACCCUCCUUACUGUCUCCUCCAAGUCCUCAGGGAUACAGGCCGGCCUACCUCAGGUAUCCUACGUGAAGGCCAUCGACGUCUGGAUGGGAGCCUGCACAGCGUUCGUGUUCUGCGCUCUGCUGGAGUUCACCUUGGUAAACUACCUGUGGAGGAGGAGGCCACAGGUAGAGCUGCGCCCCAGGGAAGGUUCUAACGGAACCUGCCUAGCAGAGAGGUUCUCCCACACGCCCUCCUUCACCCAGCCUAGCAAGACCACGCCCAUGCCCAGUCCUGGGGAGUCCAAGGGCGUGGGUGACGCUGGAGGGGGCGCCUCCCCCUGCUCCGCCCUUCCCGGCAGUUCUAACACCAAGCUGGGCAGCAUCUCAGGAGCACAGGACGAGAGAGUGCUGGUGGCGGCCCAGUUCGCCAGAGCUGUAAAGCAGAGUAACAAGGUGAAAGCUCGCCAGAUUGACGAGUAUUGCAGAGGAAUCUUCCCACUUCUCUUUGGUCUCUUCAACAUCUCUUACUGGUGCUACUACAUGCUUUAA